CUGACAUAGUAACUCCGCUCCCUCGCUCCUCUCAGCCAGUGUGGCUGGGAGCUGCUGGCGGCCGCGGUUGUGGCUGCUGGCCCCGUGCCUGGCUGUGGGCGUGGAGGGAGCCGGGGGCGCUGCUGCCCUCCGGCCACUGACUGGAGACGCCAGGCAGCGAGGGAGCCCGAGGGUUUCUUCUGCGGGCCCCAUGGCGGCCCGGGUGCGGCCCUGAAGGAGCCCGGUGCCCCAGCCCGGCCGCCCCAAGGCAGCGGAGCAGCCGAGCGGUGGCACCCGGGCGCGGGACGCGUGGCUGAGGGGGAGUGCCAGGCUGGGAGAGCCGGCGCUGCCUUCGGGGGCGCCCGGGUCUCUGCGGCUCCUCAGCCCCAACCGAGGGUCCUGGGCCCCCCUCCACGCCCCGGCGCGAAGCUCGGAGACCCCCGGGAACAGCAUGAGCCGCGGCCAGCCCUACGCGCCGCGGCCGAGCAGCUCGCCGGCCAGGCCGGGCCGGAGGACCGACAGCCAGGACUACCUGCUCCUGGCCCCGGGGGCGUGCGAGGAGAACCCGCUGCCGCCCUACGCCUACUACCCCGUUCGAGGUACUGAGAAUAGGCUAGCACUUCGACGACAGACAAUACUCCGGGAGAAGGGCAGAAGGGUGGCCAGUCGAGGACCAGCGUACAUGUUUAAUGAUCAUUCCACAAGCCUUUCUCUUGAUGAGGAGCGUUUUUUGGAUGCAGCAGAAUAUGGGAAUAUUCCCGUGAUUCGUAAAAUGCUGGAAGAAUGUACCUCACUAAAUGUGAACUGUGUGGACUACAUGGGGCAGAAUGCUUUGCAGCUCGCAGUCGCCAAUGAGCAUCUGGAGAUUACAGAACUUUUACUGAAGAAGGAGAACCUCUCCCGGGUUGGGGAUGCCUUGCUCUUGGCUAUUAGUAAAGGUUAUAUUCGGAUAGUGGAAGCCAUCCUAAAUCAUCCUGCAUUUGCUGAAGGCAAGAGACUUGCAUUAAGUCCCAGCCAAUCAGAAUUCCAGCAUGAUGACUUUUAUGCAUAUGAUGAGGAUGGAACCCGGUUCUCCCAUGAUGUUACCCCAAUCAUUCUGGCUGCUCACUGCCAUGAAUACGAAAUUGUCCACACCCUUCUGAGAAAAGGUGCUCGCAUUGAAAGGCCACAUGACUAUUUCUGCAAAUGCAGUGAGUGCAAUCAGAAGCAAAAACAUGACUCUUUCAGCCAUUCUAGGUCCAGAAUCAAUGCUUACAAAGGUCUGGCGAGUCCUGCUUACCUCUCCUUGUCCAGUGAAGACCCGGUAAUGACUGCCUUAGAACUUAGCAAUGAGCUGGCUGUGCUUGCAAACAUUGAAAAAGAAUUCAAGAAUGAUUACAAAAAAUUGUCUGUGCAAUGCAAAGAUUUUGUAGUUGGACUCCUCGAUUUGUGCAGAAAUACUGAAGAAGUGGAAGCUAUUUUGAAUGGAGAUGUGGAGAUGAGCCAUAAUAGUGGAGAACAUGGUCGUCCCAGCCUUAGCCGCUUAAAACUUGCCAUUAAGUAUGAAGUCAAAAAAUUUGUAGCACAUCCAAACUGCCAGCAACAACUUCUGUCAAUCUGGUAUGAAAAUCUCUCAGGUUUACGUCAGCAGACCAUGGCAGUGAAGUUUCUAGUUGUUCUUGCAGUUGCAGUAGGGCUGCCAUUCCUGUCAGUGGUUUACUGGAUUGCUCCAUGCAGCAAGCUGGGGAGGAUAAUGCGUGGACCGUUUAUGAAGUUUGUAGCACAUGCAGCCUCUUUCACCAUUUUUCUUGGUCUGCUAGUCAUGAACGCAUCUGACAGAUUUGAAGGCACCAAACUCCUACCUAAUGAAACUAAAACAGAUAAUGAAAAACAGAAUGGAAACAUCCUGUUCAGAAUGAAAACAUCCUGCUUCUCAUGGAUGGAGAUGCUCAUUAUCUCUUGGGUAAUAGGCAUGAUAUGGGCUGAAUGUAAAGAAAUUUGGUCUCAAGGGCCCAAGGAAUAUCUGUUUGAGUUAUGGAAUAUGCUUGAUUUUGGUAUGUUAGCCAUUUUUGCAGCAUCAUUCAUUGCAAGAUUUAUGGCAUUUUGGCAUGCUUCCAGAGCCCAGGUCAUUUUUGAUGCAAUUACUAAUGUGAAGAACUUUACAACUGCAACAUUGGAUUCCAACAUAAGUUACUACACAUUGGCAAGAAUAAACUGGGAUCCAUCUGAUCCACAAAUCAUAUCUGAAGGCCUGUACGCAAUUGCGGUUGUUUUAAGUUUCUCCAGAAUAGCCUACAUUCUCCCAGCCAAUGAAAGCUUUGGACCUCUACAGAUAUCACUUGGCAGAACUGUGAAAGACAUCUUCAAGUUCAUGGUAAUAUUUAUCAUGGUGUUUGUGGCCUUCAUGAUAGGAAUGUUUAAUCUCUAUUCCUACUACCGUGGGGCCAAACAAAAUGAAGCAUUCACAACAGUUGAAGAAAGCUUUAAGACAUUGUUCUGGGCUAUAUUCGGACUUUCAGAAGUGAAAUCAGUUGUCAUUAAUUAUAAACACAAAUUUAUUGAGAAUAUUGGUUAUGUCCUUUAUGGAGUCUAUAAUGUUACUAUGGUCAUUGUUUUAUUGAACAUGCUAAUUGCAAUGAUCAACAGCUCUUUCCAGGAGAUUGAGGAUGAUGCUGAUGUGGAAUGGAAGUUUGCUAGGGCUAAACUCUGGUUUUCCUACUUUGAAGAGGGGAGAACUCUUCCUGUACCCUUCAACCUAGUGCCAACUCCAAAAUCUUUGCUUUAUCUCUUACUCAGAAUAAAAAAAUGGAUCUCUAAAGGGUACCUAUGUCAUAAGAAUGGUUUUCAGGAAGAUGCAGAGAUGAAUAAGCUUGGGCAAAGUAAGCAAUCAAGUAUAAGAAGCACAGAUGAUCUCCAUUUAAAUAGCUUAAGUAAUCCUCCACGACAAUACCAGAAGAUAAUGAAGCGUCUCAUUAAAAGAUACGUACUGAAAGCUCAGAUAAACAAGGAGAAUGAUGAAGUCAAUGAAGGGGAACUGAAGGAAAUUAAACAGGACAUCUCAAGUCUCCGUUAUGAACUUCUUGAGGAAAAAUCUCAGAACACAGAAGACCUGGCAGAACUCAUUAGAAAACUUGGGGAGAAACUUUUGAUUGAGCCCCGAAAGGAAGAAAGGAGGAGUUAACCUAAGCAUUUAAACAAUGAACCAAAAAUUCAACAAUCCACUUCAAGCCAUAUUUAUCCUCUCUUAAUUUUUCUAGCUAAGUUCACAGUUUUAAAACAGAUCAAGAAAUAAAAUUAUUCCAGUUCUUUAAUGAAAAAUUGCAGAUGGUUAACCCCUUACAUCUGUGAUUGACAAAAAAAGUCAUUUGAGAAAAGAUAUUUAUUUAUUUUACCCCCCUCCAGAGAAAAAUUAAUCUUAGAUUACUCAAUGUGUAAUUUCGUUCUUCCAAAUGUAUCAGCUAAGGCUUGACUAGACCAUCCAUUAAUGAUUAAAACUGUUGGCUCUGUAAAUCUAAACUCCUCAUAUCUUAACCUCUUAUUAUAUUUUCAGUAGCUUCCUUUCCUAAAUAUGCAUAAGUAUAAUUGAACAAAAUGGAAGGGAGGAAGGCAUAUAAGGCCUGGUCUUAAAACAUCCCAAAUCAAAAUCCAUUUAUUUUUCAAAAUAAAAUGUUCCCAGGUGGGGGAGAGGGGGAAGGCUUAAUUUGCAAAUAAAAUGCAAAACGAUGGAAGUAA